AUGAUGUACAGAAAGAGCUGUGGGAAUCCAUUCAUUAUCCCGUUCUCGAUAAUUGCGCUAAGGUGGUUUGAUCAAAGCCGGCUCUCGCAACAGGUGUUGACAGAGGUGGCGGCGCCGUUUGUGGCUAAGAUAUACAAAGCCCAUUCACAAGCUGCGGAUGGAAGGUUGAGUGAAGCGGAGAAAUACAGACGUGCUCAGCAGGCACUUAGUCACACCAGUGGCGAGCUUGCGAGGAUCGAAGACGAUGCCUUCGCGAGUGCGAUGUCGCAGUUGGGUCAGUGGUGGUUCAAUCUGAGGAAUGGGUAA